AGAACACACUGGGUUGUAUUAUUAUUCAAAGAAUUUCGUUCUUUCGCGUUUUUGUUGACCAUAUUGAACGAAUUAUGAAUACACAGGACGAAAAUGCUUACAUAAUUAUCCAUUCCAUUAUAUUACGAUGAUGUUAAUGAGGACUGUAUAAACUUUAAAAUGUUCUUGGCUAUAAACGGCGUCCCGUCUUCCGGGUUCAGAGCAAACGUCCCAGGUUGUCAACGUCAUCACGUACAACCAUUAGCGGAAGUGAACACGUGAGGCUGACACGGACACGCGCACAUCGAGAGAACAUCAAAUUUCUCAGGUACAAUUUAAACAAGUUGUGACGCCAUGGCCGUGAGAGCCUCAUUCGAGAAGAACAACGAGAUAGGUUGCUUCGCCAAACUGACCAACACUUAUUGCCUCGUCGCCAUCGGAGGAGCCGAGAACUUUUACAGCGUGUUUGAAGGCGAGUUGUCAGAGAGCAUCCCCGUGGUCCACGCCUCCAUCGCUGGAUGCCGUAUCAUUGGACGCAUGUGUGUGGGAAACCGCCAUGGUCUCCUGGUCCCAAACAACACGACUGACCAGGAACUUCAACACAUCCGAAAUUGUCUUCCUGGUUCCGUCAAGAUCCAGCGUGUGGAAGAGCGGCUGUCGGCGCUGGGGAACGUCAUCGCAUGUAACGACUACGUGGCGCUGGUCCAUCCCGACCUGGACAGGGAGACAGAGGAGAUCUUGGCAGACACCUUGAAGGUGGAAGUGUUCCGUCAGACAAUAGUUGAUCAGGUUCUGGUGGGCUCCUACUGCACUUUCAGCAACCAGGGAGGACUGGUGCACCCAAAGACGUCCAUAGAUGACCAGGAGGAGCUGUCCUCGUUGCUGCAAGUCCCACUGGUGGCAGGCACAGUGAACCGAGGCAGCGAGGUCAUCGCCGCUGGGAUGGUGGUCAAUGACUGGUGCGCCUUCUGCGGACUGGACACCACCAGCACCGAACUGUCUGUCAUCGAGAGUGUCUUCAAGCUGGGUGACGCCGCGCAGCCCUCCGCAAUCGCCACCACCAUGAGGGACUCACUGAUUGACAGCAUGGCAUAACCUGAUGGUUGAUGGCGACGCUCCCCCUUUGGCCUUUUGGACCUUUUGGAAACCGUUUUUGUCAGCGUUGUACAUGCACCACUUCACCUCCAACAAGGACAGCACACACGACAGGAAGUGACACGUUGGUGCGCCUGGUUAAGUUCAUUUGCUUCUGGAAUGAAUAUUGGACGCUGAAGACUGGGCAAGCUGCUGGUGUUUGUCCAGCAUCACGUGGUGAAGAACGAUGAUGUCACUUGUCUAUUAAACUUUUUAUCAA